UCCAACGUAUACCAGCAGGAUCAUCGUUUCAGUUGCUUGCUUAAACAUUUUGUACGAUAAUGAAUGUUCUCAUACACCACGUACCUAACCAGUGACCCCUGCUUGCUGCUGACCAGUGCUGUCCGUGGCCUGUUAUUGCGGGCUCGUCUCAUGACAGUCACGCGAGUUUUUGCGUUCUUCCGUUUUCUCGUGCACGGUUUGUGUAAAAUCUUUUCCAUUCAUCCGCUACUGAACACGCUCAGACGAAGAAGGAUGGCUUCCGAAAGUUUUGUAGUAGUUUUUAAGGCUGGCGGCUAUGCAGUGUAUGUUCUUUUUCUCCUGCUUAGUGCGUAUUUGCUGAACCAACUCGACAGGUAUGCUUUGGCAGUUUCCUCGCAACCGAUGGCACAUGACAUUAAGUUUGGUGAUAAAGGCUGCUUGCCUUACAACUCAACGUUUUCCUCUGAAUACAAAGACUUCUGUGUGAAAAGUACCAAAGACAGCAAUGAGCCGGAGAGGAACAAAUCAGCAUGUGAGUGGAAAAAAGCCAAAACCUCAAGCCAACAUGUGUGUGUUUGGGAUUAUGAUGGGACAGGAAGUGAUUAUCAGAUCCUUGCUGGUCCUGUCUUCAUUCUUGUUUACACUGUCAGUGGUAUUCCUCUUGGGUUUUGUGCUGGUGUUUUUCAUCGUAGAAAUCUGAUUGUUUUCUGCCUCUUACUGUGGAGUGCCAUGACACUGCUGACAGGUUUUGCAACCAAGUACUGGCACUUAGUUGUUACAAGAUUUGUUCUUGGGAUUGGAGAGGCUGGCUGCACUCCAUUUGCUACCAGUUUAAUAGCUGACUAUUUUCCUGAGACAUUACGAGGAUCGGCCCUUGGUGUUUACAACUGGGGAAUCUAUAUUGGUUAUAGCAUGGCUUAUGCAUUCGGUAACUUUAUUACACAAGCGGAUAUUGAUGGCAAAGGAUGGAGAUGGGUGUUUUGGAUUGCUGCUAUGCCUGGCUUUGUUCUAGGACUCCUCAUGCUGUUCACACUGAAGGAGCCAGCAAGGAGUGAGAAACCGGAUGUGCAGAGAAUUGUUAGCCAGCCACGGCGAGAGGUUUUAAGAGAGAAGCUCUUAUUACUGGGAAGAACGUUUAUCCGUCCUUCACUGCUGAUCCUGUUCCUUGCCAUAAUCAGGGAUGCAGGAGAUUAUGUGUGGGCCUACAACACUCAACCAUACUUCAACAAAUACUAUCCGAAAACGAAUGUCGGUGAAUAUAUGAGUUGGAUUCCUCUUGUCGAAGGAAGCCUGGGUGUGGUUCUUGGUGGAUUUAUCUCUGAUCGCUUGAUUAAGAACCGAGGAUUUUAUAUGAGGGUCUGGGUGCUAAUAUUUAGCCAGGUAAUCGCGGCGCCAUUCGCUGCUGGAGCUCUAUUUUUGAAACCGCCAUGGGCGUUCAUCAGUUUGAUUCCGUCCAACAUCAUUGGUGAAAUGUGGGUUGGUGUGACAUUGACUGUCGUUGUAGAACUGGUGCCAAACACUAUCCGCUCACCGGCCAUCGCUGGAUAUCUUUUCAUUAUCUCCAUCAUUGGCGGUAAUGUUCCUCUGCUUGUUCCUCCGCUCAAGGAAGUCACCAGUCUGCGAACAGCACUGUACAUUCUCUUCCCUGGCUUGUACCUCCUUAGCUCGGUGUUCUUUCUGUUGACUUUGUUUUCGUUGAAGCGUGACAUGAGGCUCGCAAAGGAGGAGGAGGAGGUUAUAAAACCGUUAUUACCUGAAACGCCCACUUCUGAACACGGAGGGAAAACGUUAUAAGUUGAAAUGAUAACGCCCAGAUGUAUCACCAGUCCGCAGGCCUACAAUUGUUUAAGCAGAUUACGUAAUAUAGAGAAUAUUAAAAUGCGACGCUAUGUAUUUAUGUGCAGAUAAAAUUCGAGGAAGUGUCCCCGAAACUGACAGGAAAAAUUUGGGAGCCGUUCUCACCAGUAUGCGAUACUUUUCAAGCUAAAAAGACUUCAAGGAUUCAAUGUGAAUCGAACAAUAGUAAAGAUAUUUCACGAGAGUCCAAGAUUGGCUGGCUGGCAAGACGUGCAUCCAGACUUGAUCCAGGAAUUAGCUGAAGCAAGUAACAGCCUGUGUCAUGUAAAAUGCACUGUUGUUGAGAGUACAUCAGUUGCAGAUAAUUAGUAGUUUGCGAUGACUACUCGACUUGGUUCGACAGUUGUAACGUGACUUUGUUACGGCAAGUUGUAAUCAAGUUAUCAGGCAAUAUCGCAAACCACUGACUAAGAUGCAAUAUCCGCAGGCUUGAAGCAUUUAGUUUAGGGAACGCAGUAUUUAUUCUUUCGAGAGAUGAAAUAGGACAAAGCGCUAGCUUGGAAUGUUGCAAGAAACAUAUUUAAGGUGAAUGAAAUCUAGGCUAGGCUAGAAACUUUAGGAACUGCUAAGUGCGUUAUCACCAUGAAAAGAAAGAAUCAAGGCUUUUGUAUAUGGAAUUAAAUCAAUAAGUUGUGAAACAGAA